AUGGCGACACCGUCGACAGGAUCACUGCGGUUACCACCGUCCAGGAUGACGACGGGGGGCGUACGAACGACCAACCAUGCUUACGGUGUCCGACAUGAAUUCGAUGUUGUUCACGGCAAGGAAGAAGCUCUCUCCACUGCCGAAGACCUCGUCUACUCGCGCAUCGCGGAGAGUGCCGGACACCAGAGUCAUCCCAACCUAUCUUUCGAGGCCGCAACCAUCAUCGCGCUGAUCUGCGUACACCGCCCCAUUGCAGUCCACGAGCUACUAUACAAGAUUGGAGUCCUCUUCCCAUACUGGGGUGUCAAAGUUGCCGCUGCCCUUGUGCACCGUCGUGACGCCGGAUACUACGAUCAGACCCCUUCCGAGCAGCUGAAGGACACGCUCUGCCAGUACGAUCUACCGUUCAAGGUCUGGCGAGAGGAUCCUUCGGGCACCAUCUUUUGCGACGUCACCUCUACUGACGAAGCCAUGUGCGUCUUGCGCAAACUUCUCCCACCACGUGCACUGGAAUAUCAGUUCAAGGCCUUACUACGCAGGCAGAGAGUCCAUCCGAGAGUGGACACGAUCGAUCCCCCUCAAGUUGCCAUAACGAAGCAGCUCACACAUCAAGGCUACUCUGUGCUCGUCGAUGGGGCAACCGGCAGAGCUACGAUCAUCCCAGUCUUGCCACUUUCUGCCGCGAGUUCAGCCAGGACUGCACCAACAUAUCUUCUACGUCUACCCGCCGAGAUGAGGAACGAGAUAUACAAACUGGUUCUUCAAUAUGCUAAGUCAGGAAUCCGCAUCGCUGACUCCAAGGAGGAUACCAAUGGGCCAAAGAAGAAGUACGUGUUCACUCAGACCCGAGACAUCAAGAGCGAUGCACGAACUUCAUCUUGGGGUUAUCGCAGUGAGGACUUCGCCUUCAGCCAACACCAAUCUCCUCUCCUUCGAUCCUACCCACUGGAAACAGCUAUCGCGCUUCUUCUGGUGAACAAGCAAAUUCGCAACGAGGCUGGACCAAUCUUCUAUGGUGCCAACCGCUUCCACUUUGACAACCUCUAUGAGUUCGUCGGCUUCACCAAGACUCUGAAUAUGAAGAAUUUUGGCAAGAACUUCCAGCAGGUUGCAUUGAACUACGAGAAUCACUUUGACAAGUACCAAGGAUACAACAACAUCAAGAAGUACAAAGGCUUCCACAGACUGUCAAGUGAUCUACUUGGUCAAUUCAGGAACCUCAAGACUUUCGCGCUCGAAGGUGAUUGUGACAUGGUUGUUCGCCACUUCAGAACUGUCUUGCAGGUUCGAGAGGAGUAUCGCGAACGUCGUGAGCGCGAGGAGAGCAAGCCGAUCGAGAAGCUGGCUUUGACAUACCGUGGUCAGGAGAUCUGCUUGGCCUCUGACUGUCGCCCCGGCUGCGAGAAGCGACAUGGAUGA